UUCCCGGCCGGUCCGCCCCCAGCUAGAGAAGCCCCAGCCCGCGGUGUCCGAUCCAGUUGCCCCGCGCCGGAGCCCCGUAGCGCGCCAUGGCCUGCUACAUCUACCAGCUGCCCUCCUGGGUGCUGGACGACCUGUGCCGCAACAUGGACACGCUCAGCGAGUGGGACUGGAUGGAGUUCGCCUCCUAUGUGAUCACAGACCUGACCCAGCUGCGGAAGAUCAAGUCCAUGGAGCGGGUGCAGGGCGUGAGCAUCACGCGGGAGCUGCUGUGGUGGUGGGGCAUGCGGCAGGCCACCGUCCAGCAACUUGUGGACCUCCUGUGCCACCUGGAGCUCUACCGGGCUGCCCAGAUCAUCCUGAACUGGAAACCAGUUCCUGAAAUCAGGUGUCCCAUUCCAGCCUUCCCUGACUGUGUGAAGCCAGAAAGGCCUUUGGCAGCUUCUGUAAGAAAGACUGAGGAUGAACAGGAAGAGGGGCAGCCUGUGAGGAUGGCCACCUUUCCAGGCCCAGGGUCCUCUCCAGCCAGAGCCCACCAACAGGCCUUUCUCCAGCCUCCUGAAGAAGAUGCCCCUCAUUCCUUGAGAACCAACCUCCCCACUUCUUCUGAUUCAAAGGACUACAGCACCUCCAUUCCUAAGCAGGAAAAACUUUUGAGCUUGGCUGGAGACAACCUUUUCUGGAGUGAGGCAGAUGUGGUCCAGGCAACUGAUGACUUCAAUCAAAACCACAAAAUCAGCCAGGGGACCUUUGCUGAUGUCUACAGAGGGCACAGGCACGGGACGCCAUUCGUCUUCAAGAAGCUCAGAGAGACAGCCUGUUCAAGUCCAGGAUCAAUUGAAAGAUUCUUCCAGGCAGAGCUGCAGAUUUGUCUUAGAUGCUGCCACCCCAAUGUCUUACCUGUGCUGGGCUUCUGUGCUGCAAGACAGUUUCACAGCUUCAUCUACCCCUACAUGGCAAAUGGUUCCCUACAGGACAGACUGCAGGGUCAGGGUGGCUCCGACCCCCUCCCCUGGCCCCAGCGUGUCAGCAUCUGCUCAGGGCUGCUCUGUGCCGUCGAGUACCUGCAUGGUCUGGAGAUCAUCCACAGCAACGUCAAGAGCUCUAAUGUCUUGCUGGACCAAAAUCUCACCCCCAAGCUUGCUCACCCAAUGGCUCACCUGUGUCCUGUCAACAAAAGGUCAAAAUACACCGUGAUGAAGACUCACCUGUUCCAGGCGUCAGUUGCGUAUCUGCCAGAGGAUUUCAUCCGGGUGGGGCAGCUGACGAAGCGAGUGGACAUCUUCAGCUGUGGAAUAGUGUUGGCCGAGGUCCUCACUGGCAUCCCUGCAAUGGAUAACAACCGAAGCCCGGUUUACCUGAAGGAUUUACUCCUCAGUGAAAUUCCAAGCAGCACCGCCUCGCUGUGCUCCAGGAAGACGGGCGUGGAGAACGUGAUGGCAAAGGAGAUCUGCCAGAAGUACCUGGAGAAGGGUGCAGGGAGGCUUCCGGAGGACUGCGCCAAGGCCCUGGCCACGGCCGCCUGCCUGUGCCUGCGGAAGCGUAACAUCAGCCUGCAGGAGGUGCGUGGCUCUGUGGCUGCUGUGGAAGAGCGACUCCGAGGCUGGGAGACGUUGCUCCCUUGGAGUGGGCUUUCUGAGGGUACAGGCUCUUCUUCCAACAUCCCAGAGGAAACAGACGACGUUGACAAUUCCAACCUUGAUGCCUCCUCCUCCGCGAGUGUGGCACCCUGGGCGGGACCUGCCACCUCACUUCUCCCCACAGAGAAUGGCGAAGGAAGGCUGCAGGUCAUCAUGGGAAGGGAGGCCGACUCCUCCUCUGAGGCCUGCGUUGGCCCGGAGCCUCCUAAGGAUGCUACAGAGACUUCGUGGCAAAUUGAGAUCAAUGAGGCCAAAAGGAAACUGAUGGAGAAUAUUCUGCUCUACAAAGAGGAGAAACUGGACAGCAUUGAGCUCUUUGGCCCCUGAUGACUGGAACACAGCUGAGGACCCUUGUCCUCAGUUGGAACGAUGAGCAUCAGAUCAAGAAAAAGGUCUGAGGCAGAAUCCAAGAUCUACCAGGAAACACACAACAAAACAUCAGCUGUCAUGGGUGGGAGGGAAACUUCAUUUCACUGGAAUGAGUUGGGAGAGAAGGGCCCUCAGCUUUCAGAGACACAAAAAUCCAUGAAAUCUCUUCCUUUCUGGGCUUUGUUAGUCAGAGCAGGGGAUCAGAGGAGACUGAAGCAGAAACCCUGUACAUGGGCCCAGGAUGUGGUUGAUUUUGUGGUUCCGGGGAGUGUGUGAUGAUAACCACCCCAGCAGAUUCCAUUACCUCA